AUGGUUAAGGAUAUGAGAAGAAGAACGAUCUUGUUUGUUGAUGACUUUGGUCGUGCUUCAAGCGGAGAAGGCAGGGCUGGAAUGUUGAUAAGAGACAUAGACAUAUCCAGGCUGAUGGUCUAUGUGCAAAAAGUUGAAGAAGAGAAGCUUAGGGACAGAGAGGAGUACAAGAAAAGAAAUCUAAGACUGGGAAUGAGUCUGGUCAACAGAAGGGUGGUUAAAGUUGACCUCGGGUUGUUUCAAUGCGAUCGAGAAGGGCACUACAUGAAAGAGGCUUCUAAGAAUAAGCAGGGAGGUGGAAAUCCGGGAAAUAGAGCCCAAUCUUCAUCAGUUGCUCCACCAGAUAGGGUUGCACUUAGAGGAGCCACUUUUGGUUCUGGCUGA